AUGGUACAUGAAGAGGACGAUGAAACCAAAUUAUAUUCAGAAUUAGUGUAUGAUAUACUAAACAAUGGACACGAACAUGAGAACUAUGAGGAUCUAGCAAAGUCAUUAGGAACCAAGUUGACUGAAUCUUCUACUGUUAACGCAUGGUCAACAACACUUGUAAAUGCCUGGGACCUUGUAUCAAAAAUAAAAAAAAAUGAUUCGUCUGAUGACAUAAUUUGUUCUUGGUUCUACUAUUGGUUAGGAAAUAAAGUACAUAAAGGCACAUAUAGUGGGAAAUUUUCGGAUGUUAUGAAUAAUGUAUACAGUGCACUGAAUGAAGUUCUUCCGGGAGGGUACUGUAGAAUUACAGAAACUAAUGUCAACAAAGAAAAUUUCGAGGAAAAAAUGAGAAUGUUCGAAUACAGACAAGACUAUGAACCAAAGAAGGAACAAUUACAGAUUUAUCAUAAGUUCUGCGACAGCGGAUACCGUGAUGAGGCAAAAUCUACUCAAACCUUUUCUAACGUGAAUCUCCAAUGUAAGAAUGAUGCUAAUAGUAAAUAUUGUACAAAAUUUGAGAAGACAUAUGAAGAUUACUGUAAAAAGGAGGCAUCUUCCGGAUUAGUAUGUACACCACCACCUACAGCAGCAGCAAGUGCAACCACCAUUGUCUCUUCUAUAUUGGGUGUAGUAGGAUUACCAACAAUCGCUUUCUUUUUGUACAAAGUAAUUAUAGCUGCAGAUGAAAGAACAAAUAAUAAAAUUCAUUAA